GAGCUCAACGCCUACUUGUCAAAUAGGAGUUUCUCCUUUCGCCUGUCAAUUGAAUGUCUAUAUUGGACGACGUGGACUACAACUUGGAUUGACACAAGAAUAUACUGAGUUUUUCCGACCUAAAUAAUGGUUUGCGGUUACUCUUGAACAAGCUCUAACAAAAUAGUUGCUAAUGUAGGAAUGCAAUGCUCAUUUUCAACUACUCGUAACAUGCUAGCCAAGUUACUUCUUGAAAUAGCUGUAGUUAGCCAACACGUUAUGAUUUGGGAACACUAGCUAGCAAAACGUAGCUAACGUGUUAGAGGACAGCACAAGCUAGUUGCUCACCCUAAAAAUCUGUUUUUGGUUGGUUAAAGAUACUUUUUUUUUUUCGCUUGACACCAAGCAACUUGUUGGUGGUGGCUAACUAGUUAGUGCGUGGUUUUUAUAAAGCAGCUUUACAGCUUCUUAUGCUAGCUAGCUGACCUAGUCAACUAGCUAACGUUAAAGACAUGGGAUUACACCCGUUGGAGUUUAGCGAAUGCUACCUGGACAGUCCCGUUUUCAGGGAGAAAAUAAAGGCACACGAGGCAGAGUUGGACAAAACCAACAGAUUUAUCAAGGAACUCUACAAGGAUGGAAAGAAUCUCAUCAAUGCCACAAAACAGCUUGCGUUGGCCCAGCGCAAGUUUGCCCAGUCCCUGGGAGAAUUCCAGUUUGAGUACAUCGGCGACGCGAAGACCGACGAUGAGAGGUGUAUUGAUGAAUCCUUGCAGGAGUUCUCUAACUUCCUUAAGAAUCUGGAAGACCAAAGAGAGCUGAUGAUGAGGAAUAUUACAGAAACGCUAAUGAAACCACUGGAGAAGUUCAGAAAAGAGCAACUGGGCUCAGCCAAGGCGGAAAGGAAGAAGUAUGAGAAGGAAACUGAGAAGUACUACAGCUCCUUGGAGAAGCUUUUGAACAUGUCAGCGAAGAAGAAGGAACCGCAGCUACAGGAGGCGGACAGCCAGGUGGAGAGCAUUAGACAGCACUUCCAGGAGGAGUCUCUGGACUACGUGUGUAAACUGCAGGAGAUCCAGGAGAGGAAGAAGUUUGACUGUGUGGAGCCAAUGCUGGCGUUCUUUCAGACCGUGUUCACCUUCUACCACCAGGGAUUUGAGCUGGCCAAUGACUUUAACCACUACAAGAAAGCCUUACAGAUCAAUAUACAAAAUACACGGAGUCGGUUUGAGGGCACGCGGGUGGAGGUGUUUGAGCUGAUGAAGAGGAUAAGGGAGGUUCCCCAGGAGUACAGACAGACCAGCCCCAUCAGCAGCGAAGGAUACCUCUAUGUCCAGGAGAAACGGCCCCCUCCUUUUGGUUCCAGUUGGGUGAAGCGUUACUGCACGUUUGUGAAGGAACAGAAAAUCCUACACAUGGUCACCUUUGACCACAGGUCAGGAGGAAAGAUGGGCGAGACGGAGUCGGUCACCCUCAAGUCUUGCGUCCGCAAAACCACAGACAUGCUGGACAGGCGGUUCUGUCUCGAUAUAGAAAUCACAGACCGACCGGGAACGGUCCUCACGGUCCAGUCGCUGUCGGAAGAUGACCACAAGUUCUGGAUUCGUGCCAUGGGUGGGAAAGAACCAGCUGGGCAGUACUUGGGUAAAACCUAUUCAAAAGAACGUGGAAUUGAUGCACAGCUAGAUGACGUAGGAUUGUCAUUUUUGAAGAAUGCCAUCAACGCCAUUGAGACGAGAGGUAUCAAUGACCAGGGCCUAUACAGAGUGGUGGGGGUCAGCUCCAAGGUCCAGAAGCUCCUUACCCUAAUGAUCGAUGAGAAGAGUAACGAUGUGGAUCUGUCUACGUGUGAGGACUGGGAUGUGAAAACGAUCACCAGCACACUAAAGCUGUAUUUGAGGAGUCUUCCUGAGCCACUGAUGACCUAUGGACUCUACAAAGACUUUAUCGCCCCUGCUAAGGGUGGUAGUCCAGAGUCUCGUAGCCAAGCCAUCCACUGCCUGGUCCACAAGCUGCCUGAGAUGAACCGCCUGGUCCUGGGGCUACUGAUGAAACACCUGGCUACUGUGGCGGCCCACAGUAAGUUGAACCUGAUGACGGUGGCCAACCUGGGUGUGGUGUUUGGUCCCACCCUGAUGAGGCCCCAGGAGGAUACUGUGGCUGCCAUCAUGGACCUCAAGUUCCAGAACAUUGUGGUGGAGAUCCUCAUCGAGCAACACGAGAAGAUCUUUGGAGAUGUCCCAGGCGCGUCUUCCCCAGGGCUCUCCGCCCCCACCAGGCAGUCCAAGAAACUGUCGGUUCGACAGAACCGACCCCUUGCCGUCUAUAACCCAAAGACAGUGGACCUGCAGACAGGUAAGAGACAGAACCAACCCCUGGCCAUCUAUAACCCACAGACAGUGGACCUGCAGACAGUGUCACCGACGUCACCUGAUGUCGGUUCCAACUCGGAUGAGGCGUCGCUAGGCAGCAACGAGUCGGUGUCGUCCCAGUCGACUGCCUCGGGGACGCCUCCGGAGAAGGCCAACCAUGCUCCCCUUCUCGCCAGCCUCACCACAGGAGACAGCCCAGGGGCCUGCAUCGCUGUAGCAGCCUCGUGGCUCAACUCUGGUGCCCUGACCAAAGCCAGUUCUGAUGGGGACAAGACAGUGGACGGUGUCACCGGUGGCGGCGGCAAGAGAGCCAUGGCGGUGUACCCGUGCGAGGCCGAGCACGAAUCCGAGUUAUCCUUCCAGGUCGGAGCAAUAUUCAGCGCCGUGGCACCUUCCAGGGAACCUGGCUGGCUGGAAGGAGAGCUGGAGGGGAAGAAAGGGCUCAUCCCUGAAAACUAUGUGGAGAUGCUGUAGUCCAGAACCUUAGACCUCUUAGCCUGUAUACUCUCAGUGGAAGACUAGCCUUGUCCCAGGGCUGUUUGUGUUGUAUACUUUUAUAUGGUCAUAGUCAUUACCAAACAUACCAAACCGUGGAAGUUUGCUAUACAGCAAAACAUUGUUGGGAAGACCGCACAAACAGAUCUGGGACCAGGCUAGUGGAAGAGGGGUCUCGUCAUCCCUGACAAUCUACGUCUAGAUGCUGUAUGCCAAACCCAAGGGUCGCCUGGCCUGCCACCAUCUAUGGCUGUAUCUCGCCCAACGGUCACCUUAUACAUGGUAUCCAUGAAGUUGACGUUGACGCACUCCCAUUCAUACUUUUAUGCCUUCAACUCUCACGUUCCCUGCCCGGCGACUACUAUGCGUUCAUCAACACGUUCGUCAACUUUAAUGCAGAAUAAUAAUAAAUAUCCCCCAGCAAUGAGGUACAAUCCAUUAUCUUGGAUAUAGGAAAGUAAGUAACAUUUUAAGGUGCCUUACAACACCAAGACAGAGUUGACAUGUAUUUACUGAACGGGAAUGUUUGGAAAAUGCUAAAGAGUUGUGUUCUGUGAAGAAUGUCUGGAAUACUCUUCAAGAGGUGCUUUGGUAUAUUAUGAUGUAUUUAAUUGGCACAUUGAUUGCAUUUUUUUUUUUUUUUUUACCACAAUAAUAUUAUUUUAUUUUCAAAGUAUGGUAUCCACCGUUGUCUGAUUGUACACUGACAUGCCAGUCAUAUUGGAAUGGUUCUCCUUCGAUAGAAAUAUAAUUACUAGAAUGGUUCAUGUAUGUCUAUGGUUCACACUCUUCCUCUGCAUACUUGUUGACCUAGACGUUCAAUGAUGUCCGAACAGACUAGUUAUCGGGUCGUUUCCACUUCAAAAAGCACAAGGAGGAUUUCGACACCCACCAUCUCAGAUUGUGCUGAAAUGGUUUCUGUAGUUACAAACAGCUAAGAUUAGCAUUCCUGAAACGUUAUUUUAUCUCUAAGAAUUUAAGCUAAUUCAUUGCACCCAAAUUGGCCAUUUAAAAUAAUAGGAUUUAAAUGAUCUUCAAUAAAUAUAGUAACAUUUGACCAUAAUUCCUCCUACCAAUGAGUAAGACAUGAGGAAUCCAAUAGCCACCCACAUACCCCUCACACUCCUUACCAACUGCACCCCAACAACCAGUAUCAGUUCUGUCUAGCAAGUAGUAUGGAGCUGUGGCCUUGGAGUAUUGCAACUUCAUCCUAUGUAAUGUAUUUCCUGUGAAUCUGGUGGGGUCCUUACAUGGGUCACAGCAUUUGUCCCAUGUCACAAAAUUGCCAUGCAAUUUACUUUAGCAACUUUGGGUAGAAAAACCAACAGCUUUUGCUCAUGAUGAAACUAAAUUGUGGCCAUUCUCAUAAUUCAAGUCAGUCCUCUGUGAAAGCAGUCCAGGUUGUCCUUCUCUUAGGCUUAAUCUGUGUCCAGGAAACAGCCCCUCUGUGGUUUAUUCCCUUUAAAAAAAGGUCUGGAUUAGUUUGACCAUUCCUGGUGAAUAAACAAACCAUUAGGCUACAGCAGUUGUAAUGGUUUCAAUGUUAUGCUCUUCAAUGGGAAAAGUCCCAAACACACACUAGUAUUUUGCAAUGGUGUUGGGUUUAAUGGUACAAGUUGCUAGUCACACAACAUAUAUAUUUUCAAAUAAUUCUAUUAAAAAACAUACGACUGCCAUGCAAUAGUUUAUAAUUUUGUUAGGGUUUGAGUCACACCCUAGCCCAUUUCUUCAAAGUGUUGGUUGUAGGAAAAGUUUAUGAGAAUUGCACCAUAGGUGUUGCCCACUAAGAGCUGCCAUUUUUGUUGGGUUGAAUCAUUAGGCUGCUAAGACAGACAACCUGAAUUGCUUUCAUGGAGGACUGUCUUCACUUGUGAGGAUGACCACACAAUUUGUUUUCAUCAUGAGCAAAAGCUAUUGGUUUUCUACCCAAAGUUGCAAAGAAAAUGUGAUUUGUUUAAUAACCCCAAACCAGCAACAUUUACAAAGGGAUGUGUCAGUAGUAGGAACAGCAACAUCAAGUUGACACAACCUAGUACUUUCAGACUAUUAUUUGGUAAAUAAUACAAGUGAUUUCAAAUGGCAAAUUUCUCUGAAUGGGGAAAAAGAGGGAAUACAUUACAUAGAAUGAAGAAGCAAUACUCCAAGCCGGCUGCUCCAUAAUACUUGUUAGACAGAACUAAUACUGAUCAUUGGUGUGCGGGGGGUCCUUGGGUGGCUUUGGAUCUUUUUAUUGGAUUCCUCAUGUCUUGCUCAAUGACAGGAAAACAUUUGGUCCAAAUAAGAUGUGUACUAUAUUGAUUGAAUAUUAUGUGAAUCUUGUAAAUUAGAAGGGCCAAUGUGGGUGUGAUCAAAUAAAAUGUCAACAAAAUGUUGCAGGAAUGGCUUACUGAAAGGACAUGGAAUGAGUAUCUAAAGUUCUAGUCAAUUCUUUAGAUGUGACAAUGUUCAACUCAAUGCAGCAAUGAUGUAUGGGAAUGUGCAAAACAAAGUGGGGUUUUAUUGAAAACCGGUUUUAUAGAUCCAUAUUCGACGUUUACGAAAAUUUAGAUGACAUUCACAUAAUUUUUAUUAUUCUGUACCAAUUGACUGACGAGACUAUUUUAUUAUUAUUAUUACCACGACCACAAAUGCAGUAUUUUCUAAUCUUGUCUAUGGCUGUGUAUAUAGUUAUUUUAAAAGGCCACACAAAAUGCCAAGUAUAUUCUAUUCUAAAGCCCUUUUUUUUUAGUGGUCAACGGAGUUCGUUUUUAGUGGUUUCAUUUGGAGUGGUUUUUACAAUUGUAAGUGUACUAAACACAUCACAAUACUUUUUAUUCUAUAGCCGUUCAACAAAGCCGGUUUCAUUUUUCUAAGAGCUUUUGUUCUCUCAUUUUGCAUUGCAAUUGAAGUAAUUUAAGACAGUGAUUCAUGACAUUUCUAAAGGUCUUGGCAUCCAUUUCAAUUUUGUAACAUUGAUGUCCUCUUGAUCAAUGUUAAAUAAAUAAAGACAUUUUUAUUCUUUA